UGGGCCCAGUGCUCAGGCCAUUGGCUCAGGGCACCCUGGGCCUGAUAUCACACCCAGGUCCUUGAUGGGAGGACACUGGGCAAACGAUGAGUGGGGACCCCAGAGACAGUGAAGGAAGCUUCCUGACCAGGAAGGAGUUCUUGAGACACUGUCAGACUCAGCAGGCCCUUCUCUGACUGCCCAGCUCCGCCAACCAGGCUUCCUGUUCAAGCUGAGGUGAUGGUUGAUCAUAAGAAGUUGACCUACCCUUCUGCCAGCCCCAAGAGAAAGGACCAAGCGCUACACACAAGCUGGACUGAGAGCCACCCCGGGCAGAUUUAUCAGUGCCACGUGGGAAGUGUCUUCUGCCCCAGGGGCAUGGCCCGAAGACAGAACUAACUGCCUCAAGUCUUUGCUCUCAGGAUGAAGCUGGAGGUGGCCCAAGAGGGCAAGAUGUGGCUGGGAAUUCUGCUGGCGCUUACGCUUUGUCCAGGCCUUGAAGGACAAGAAAACUCUUUCACUAUCAACUACAUCCACAUGAAUAUCCUGCCAGGACAGAAGGUGCAAAAUGGGCAGAACCUGACCCUGCAGUGCAUCGUGGACAUCAGCACCACCUCCCAGGUCAAGCCUCUGCACUGGGUGCUGUUCUAUAAGGAUGAUGUGCUGUUUCACAAUGUCUCCUCCACAAAGAACACAGAGAGUUAUUUUAUUCCCCAAGCCCGGGUCUCUCAUGCAGGGAUCUAUAAAUGCACCGUGAUUCUGAACAAGAAGGAGAAAACCACAAUAGCGUACCGGGUGUCGGUGAAAGGAGUGUCCAAUCCCAGAGUGACAGUGAACAAGAGAGAGGCAAUAGAAGGCGGAGUCAUAACGGUCAAUUGUUCUGUCCCCGAGGAAAAUCCCCCAAUACACUUCACAGUUGAAAAACUCAAACUAGAUGAAAAAGAUUUCAAGGAAACAAGAGAAAAAGUUUCUCAGAACCAGAAUUUUAUGGUGGUGGAAUUCACAGUGGAGGAGGAGGACCAUGUCAUUUUUUUCCAGUGUCAAGCCAGAAUCUUUUCUGGGACCAAUGUGGAGACGUCUGAAGCCACCAAGAGUGACAUGGUCACUGUGACAGAAUCCUUCUCUCAUCCCAGAUUCUACAUCAGCCCUGUGGGAGUGAUCACAGAAGGAGAUCAGCUCAACAUUAAGUGCACCAUUCAAGUGACGCACCUGGUCCAGUCAUCUCCAGAAAUCAUAAUCCAGAAGGACAAGACAAUUGUAGCACACAAGAUGCAUGGCAAUGAGGCCAUCUACUCAGUGAUGGCCAUGGUGGAGCACAGUGGCAACUACACAUGCAAAGUGGAAGCCAGCCGGAUAUCCAAGGUCAACAGCAUCGUGGUCAACAUAACAGAGCUGUUUUCCAAGCCGAAGCUGGAAUCCUCCACCACCCGCCUGGACCACGGUGAAAGACUGAACCUGUGGUGCUCCAUUCCAGGAGCACCUCCAGCCAGCUUCACCAUCCAGAAGGAAAGCACGGUUGUGUCACUGUCCCAAAAUUUCACCAAGAUAGCCUCAGAGAAGGACAGAGGGACAUACACCUGCACUGCAGGCAUCGGCAAGGUGGUCAAGAAAAGCAAUGCAGUCCAGAUAACUGUGUGUGAAAUGCUCUCCAAGCCCAGGAUUUUUUAUGACUCCAGCUCUGAGGUGAUAAAAGGACAGACCAUAGCAGUCAGUUGCCAGUCCAUAAAUGGAACCACACCAAUUACUUAUCACCUUUUAAAAGCAGGUAGCAUUUUGGAGAGUUGUAACAUGAACUCCAACGAGCCUGCAGUAUUCAAAGAUAAGCCAACAAAAGACGUCGAAUACCAGUGUAUGGCAGAUAAUUGUCAUUCCUAUACCGAAAUUGCCAGUGAAGUUCUGCGGGUCAAUGUGGUAGCCCCAGUGGAUGAAGUGAAGCUCACGAUCCUGCUGACUGAGGAGGUGGAGUCUGGGAAGGAACUUGUGCUUCGAUGCUCCGUGAAUAAUGCAUCUGGUCCAAUCACCUACAGGUUUUACAGAGAAAAGGAGGGCAGUCCCUUCUACCAGACCGUCUCGAAUGACACCAAAGCCAUUUGGCACAAGGAGAAGGCCAGCAAGGAACAUGAGGGACAGUAUUACUGCACAGCCUUCAACAGAGCCAACUCUGUUAAAAGCAAUUCCCAAAGCAACAUACUGAACGUCAGAGUCUUUCUUGCCCCAUGGAAGAAAGGACUUAUUGCCGUGGUUGUCAUUGGAGUGAUAAUUGUCACCGUGAUACUUGGAGCCAGAUGCUGUUUUCUGAAGAAAGCCAAGGCCAAGCAGACGCCCAUGGAGAUGGCCAGGCCAGCAGUGCCGCUUCUGAACUCCAGCAAUGACAAGAUGUCAGAUGCCAACACUGAAGCCAACAAACAUUACGGUUACAGUAAAGAUGUUAGAAACCAUGCAAUGAAACCAAUGAAUGAAAGUAAAGAGCCUCUGACCGUGGAUGUGGAAUACACAGAAGUGCAAGUGACCUCAUCUGAGAGUCAUCAAGGUCUGGAAAGCAAGGGCACAGAGACGGUAUACAGCGAAAUCCGGAAAACUAAUCCUGAUGUCACGGAAAAAAGAUAGUCUAGAACGGAAGGCUCCCUCGAUGGAACUUAGGACUGCGAGGGCGAUGGUCCUCCUUAGAAAGACAUCCACAUUCCAAGAAGAGCAGAUGAUUCCUGUAUUCCAAGAGCUCUGUGCACUUAUUUAUGAACCUGCCCUGCUCCCACUGAACAGAGCAAUUCCUCAGGCCAAGUCACCAGUUCUUAUUUCCAUCUUACUACAUUUAUGGGGGGGCGGGUAUAAAGAGAUACGGAGGGGCUGAUUGAGUCCCCCACGGCACCCCCCUCUCACCAAGCUGGAGCAUCCUCAGGAGUGAGGAGCUGCCGAAGGAGGUUCAGGGUUAAACGGCCAUUGGGAUAUUUUGAAACUUGAAUAUUUUUGUCUUGCACGGAGAUCAAGAACUUGUCCAAGUAUCUUCACACACAGAAACCAUUUUUUGUUUUGUAGCCAAUCACUUCUGGCUGGGCUUAGGGGCUUUUUUUUUCCCCCCCUCUUUGCCUUUGGUCCUUCAAAGGCCUGUGGUUCUGGCCGGUCGUCGUUCCUUGGAAGCGCACGGCACUGACCAGACAGCACACCCUGUUCCCUCCACGAUCUCGCCUACUACAAGUGCCGCGACAAAGCUGCUUGGGAGUGACCCCUCCGAGAUGCCAGCCUGAAGAUCAGAUUCAUUCUGGGCAAUGCACAGAAGAGAAAACGAAGUCGGACAGAGCACAGAUGGUCUUACACUGUUUUUCUAUACCCUUUCUUUCUUUUCCUUUACCAUGCUGCAGGCUGCAAGAUGGGGAGAUGUUUGCCUACAGCAAAUAUUGUUUUUAAUAGAAAAAUGAAAUGCAUAUUUUCUUACUAAUUUUUUUUAAUUUAUUCCUUGCUAAGGAAAUGGUCCCCUGAGGUCUUACAAUGUUCCUGAGGGUGUCUUGAGUGGGUUGACGAGUAGCCCCGGCCAUUUCACGGUGGAAGUUCACUAGUGAGCACACCUGAGAUCAUUUCCCCCCACAUCUCCAGCCACCUCAGUGACACAGCUGCAGGGUAUUGCAUUAAAUAAAUUUGAUCUUCACUCUUCA